UUGUAGACUAAUGACCAGGCCCUACACCCCAGGUUGUAGACUAAUGAUUAGGCCCUACACCCCAGGUUGUAGACUAAUGAUUAGACCCUACACCCCAGGUUGUAGACUAAUGAUUAGGCCCUACACCCCAGGUUGUAGACUAAUGAUUAGGCCCUACACCCCAGGUUGUAGACUAAUGAUUAGGCCCUACACCCCGGGUUGUAGACUAAUGAUUAGGCCCUACACCCCAGGUAGUAGACUAAUGAUUAGGCCCUACACCCCAGGUUGUAGACUAAUGACUAGGCCCUACACCCCAGGUUGUAGACUAAUGAUUAGGCCCUACACCCCAGGUAGUAGACUAAUGAUUAGGCCCUACACCCCAGGUUGUAGACUAAUGAUUAGGCCCUACACCCCAGGUUGUAGACUAAUGACUAGGCCCUACACCCCAGGUUGUAGACUAAUGACUAGGCCCUACACCCCAGGUUGUAGACUAAUGAUUAGGCCCUACACCCCAGGUUGUAGACUAAUGAUUAGGCCCUACACCCCAGGUUGUAGACUAAUGAUUAGGCCCUACACCCCAGGUUGUAGACUAAUGAUUAGGCCCUACACCCCAGGUUGUAGACUAAUGAUUAGGCCCUACACCCCAGGUUGUAGACUAAUGACUAGGCCCUACACCCCAGGUAGUAGACUAAUGAUUAGGCCCUACACCCCGGGUAGUAGACUAAUGAUUAGGCCCUACACCCCAGGUUGUAGACUAAUGAUUAGGCCCUACACCCCAGGUAGUAGACUAAUGAUUAGGCCCUACACCCCAGGUUGUAGACUAAUGAUUAGGCCCUACACCCCAGGUUGUAGACUAAUGAUUAGGCCCUACACCCCAGGUUGUAGACUAAUGAUUAGGCCCUACACCCCAGGUUGUAGACUAAUGAUUAGGCCCUACACCCCAGGUUGUAGACUAAUGAUUAGGCCCUAG